UCAGAGCACGCGCGCAGCUGUCGGCAGGAAGGAACUGGUCCGGUCACACUUGUCGGGCUUGUGCAUCUGACUCCAGGACGGGCUUUGGCUUCAGUCUCCUGACUCCAGGGAAAGGCUUCCGUAAACCGGGUCUGUCCUCAGCUCUUGGAAUCCUACAGCCCCAGAGCCAGAUCCCCUCAGCCUUCCAGGUCCUCGACCCCAGCCGACGCUGAGCGAUGGCCUCCAUGGGGCUGCAGGUGACCGGCAUCGCACUGGCCGUGCUGGGCUGGCUGGGCGCCAUACUGAGCUGCGCGCUGCCCAUGUGGCGCGUGACGGCCUUCAUCGGCAGCAACAUCGUCACGUCGCAGACCAUCUGGGAGGGCCUGUGGAUGAACUGCGUGGUGCAGAGCACCGGGCAGAUGCAGUGCAAGGUGUACGACUCGCUGCUGGCGCUGCCGCAGGACCUGCAGGCGGCCCGCGCCCUCAUCGUCAUCUGCAUCAUCGUGGCCGCGCUGGGCGUGCUGCUGUCCGUGGUGGGGGGCAAGUGCACCAACUGCGUGGAGGACGAGAGUGCCAAGGCCAAGACCAUGAUUGUGGCGGGCGUGGUGUUCCUGUUGGCUGGCCUGCUGGUGAUGGUGCCGGUGUCCUGGACGGCCCACAAUAUCAUCCGCGACUUCUACAACCCACUGGUGGCCUCUGGGCAGAAGCGGGAGAUGGGUGCCUCGCUCUACAUUGGCUGGGCUGCCUCGGGCCUCCUGCUGCUCGGGGGGGCCCUGCUCUGCUGCAACUGCCCACCCCGCACUGACAAGCCCUACUCGGCCAAGUACUCUGCUGCCCGCUCCGGCCCGGCCAGCAACUAUGUGUAAGGGGCCGCUGCUCCACUCAGCUCCUCGGGCUUUGUUAUUGCCUGGACUGAGCUCAGUGCAGCCUGUGACCCAGGACGGCCUGGCUGCUGGGGGCUGGGCAAACAGGGACUCAGCCAGGCUAUUGGCCGGCGGCCCUCAGCUCCUACGAGCAAGGAUGGAUGCCACUCUCCUUUGAAUGGCCCGUGGGUAUAGGGGAUGAGGCGGUGGAGUGGGGAGCUGGCUCCUGCUGGCCAGGACAGCUUGACUCUGACCUUGGGCUCUGCUGCUGAGUGGGUGCCCUGCCCACACUGGUCUUGGCUACUGUCCCCCGUUUUGAUCUUCCCCACCCACUCUGCACACAUCUUCUGUGACUCCAGCUCUUUUCCCGCUGCCCCAUUCCCGGGCACUCCUGUGACCCUGCUCAGACCUUGGUGUGACUGGGUGGGCCAGUGAGUGCCACUUGGGCUGUGCAUUGCCCGUGGAAAUUUGUGGCCAUGAGUACUGCUGGGGCCUCACCCACCCACCUGCGGUGGAGUGCAGAGUGGAUGGACAGGUUUGGGGGGAGGGGCGAAGGUGGUCUAAACUGGUUUGGGUGGUGGUGGGGGAGGGGGCCAGAGAGCCAGCCUGGCUUGGGCACCCCCACCUCUUCCUGCCCCUGCUCUGCGGCCUCACCCACUUGAAGAGGACCCUGGGCCCUUGACAUUGUCCCCCCUCUGAAUCCUUUGCCCCUCCAAGGACACUGGCCAGCUUGGGGAGGGUGGGAGGGAGGGGGGAAUGGCCUCACCCUGGGAAGUCCUGGGGUUUUCCCUGCCUUCUAUGUGGUUUCUGUUUUAUAAUUUAAGAAGAUCUGUUCAUCACUGUA